AUGUCUGUGCCUUUACUCAAGAUUGGGGUUGUCCUGAGCACCAUGGCGAUGAUUACCAACUGGAUGUCGCAGACCCUACCAUCGUUGGUCGGCUUAAACACCACCAAACUAACAGCGGCCAAUCCAGGAACCUUGGACAGAAGCAUUGGGGUCUUGCCAACCAACCCAGAAGAAAGUUGGCAGGUGUAUAGCUCUGCCCAGGACAGCGAGGGCCGAUGUAUAUGUACAGUGGUGGCACCGCAGCAGACGAUGUGCUCUCGGGAUGCCAGGACAAAGCAGCUCAGGCAGCUUUUAGAAAAGGUGCAAAAUAUGUCCCAGUCAAUAGAAGUUCUGGACAGGCGGACCCAAAGGGACCUGCAAUAUGUAGAGAGGAUGGAAAAUCAAAUGAAAGGCUUGGAAUCCAAAUUUAAACAAGUGGAGGAGACUCAUAGGCAACACCAGGCCAGGCAGUUCAAGGCAAUAAAAGCGAAAAUGGAGGAACUUAGGCCUCUGAUACCAGUGUUGGAAGAGUACAAAGCCGAUGCCAAAUUGGUAUUGCAGUUUAAGGAGGAGGUCCAGAAUCUGACGUCAGUUCUUAACGAGCUUCAGGAGGAGAUUGGCGCCUAUGACUACGAAGAACUGCAGAGCAGAGUGUCCAAUCUUGAAGAAAGGCUCCGUGCAUGCAUGCAAAAAUUAGCCUGUGGCAAGUUGACCGGAAUCAGUGAACCAGUCACAAUCAAGGCAUCUGGGUCCAGGUUUGGCUCAUGGAUGACUGACCCACAGGCACCAGAAGGAGAUAACAGAGUCUGGUAUAUGGAUGGCUAUCACAAUAACCGCUUCGUCCGGGAGUACAAGUCAAUGGAGGACUUUAUGAACAGUGACAACUUUACCUCUCACCGUCUCCCUCACCCUUGGUCGGGGACAGGCCAGGUUGUAUAUAAUGGAUCCAUCUAUUUCAACAAAUUCCAAAGUCACAUUAUCAUCCGCUUUGACCUAAAAUCAGAGACAAUUCUGAAAACACGCAGCCUGGACUCUGCUGGGUACACAAAUGUCUACCACUAUGCAUGGGGUGGCCAGUCAGACAUUGACCUCAUGGUAGAUGAGAAUGGGUUAUGGGUGGUUUAUGCCACCAACCAAAAUGCUGGUAACAUAGUCAUCAGCAAACUAGACCCCAAUACUUUACAGAUCCUAAAAUCUUGGAAUACAGGAUACCCCAAAAGAAGUGCCGGAGAAGCCUUCAUGAUCUGUGGGACUCUAUAUGUUACUAAUGGUUAUUCUGGUGGCACCAAAGUGCACUACGCCUAUCAGACGAACACCUCCAACUAUGAAUACAUUGACAUCCCAUUUCAAAACAAGUAUUCACACAUCUCCAUGUUGGACUACAAUCCCAAGGACCGGGCUCUGUAUGCCUGGAACAAUGGCCACCAAGUCCUCUACAAUGUCACCCUGUUCCAUGUCAUCCGCUCUGAUGAAUCGUAG